AUGUUGGCUGAAGUUGUGCAUUCAGUGGCAGAUUUUGCAAAUCAGGCUCUACUCGCAUAUGGCUUAAGUAGUUCACGCCGUGCCCCAGAUGCUCUUCAUCCAUAUGGUUAUUCCAAGGAGAGAUUUGUCUGGUCUUUGAUUUCUGCUGUUGGUAUAUUUUGUUUUGGUUCCGGUGCUACUAUUGUCCACGGUAUUCAAAAUCUGUGGACUUCUCAGCCCCCUGAACAUAUAGAGUAUGCUGCUUUGGUGAUUGGUGGCUCAUUCAUUAUUGAAGGUGCUUCUCUUAUUGUUGCUAUCCAUGCUGUCAGAAAAGGCGCUGCUGCUGAAGGAAUGAAAGUGAGAGAUUAUGUGUGGCGUGGUCAUGACCCGACAUCUGUUGCUGUCAUGACUGAGGAUGGUGCUGCUGUUACUGGGCUUGCCAUUGCUGGUGCAUCAUUGGUGGCCGUCAAUACCACAGGAAAUGCAAUUUAUAAUCCUAUUGGUUCGAUUAUUGUUGGAAACCUUUUGGGAAUGGUAGCAAUAUUUUUGAUUCAGAGGAAUCGUCAUGCUUUGAUUGGUAGGGCAAUUGACAAUCAUGAUAUGGAAAGAGUUCUCCGAUUUCUGAAAAACGAUCCAGUUGUGGAUGCUGUAUAUGAUUGCAAAAGCGAGGUGAUUGGACCAGGAUUUUUUAGAUUCAAGGCUGAAAUAGGCGAAGAAGUUGUCACGGCUCUUGGGAGUGAAGUCGAUCGGCUUGAAAAAGAGAUUCAAGAAAUAGUCCCGGGCAAGCCGCGCUCCUCCGACAAGCACACCAAACAACACCAAAUGGCUGAGAAGGGAGGCAUAAUUGUUCCUGAGUCUGUGCUAAAGAAACAGAAGAGGAGCGAGGAAUGGGCUUUGGCCAAGAAGCAGGAGCUUGCUGUUGUGAAGGAGAAGAAUGCUGCAAACAGGAAGCUGAUUUUCAAUAGAGCCCAGCAAUAUGCCAAGGAAUACGCGGAGCAGGAGAAGGAGCUGAUUCAGCUGAAGCGCGAGGCAAGACUGAAGGGAGGGUUUUAUGUGAAUCCUGAGGCUAAGUUGCUUUUCAUCAUUCGCAUUCGUGGUAUUAAUGCCAUGCAUCCGAGGACUAAGAAGAUCUUGCAGCUCUUGCGUCUUCGGCAGAUUUUCAAUGGCGUGUUCCUAAAAGUUAACAAGGCAACAGUGAAUAUGCUUCACAGGGUUGAACCCUACGUAACCUAUGGGUACCCCAACUUGAAGAGUGUGAAGGAACUGAUUUACAAAAGGGGCUAUGGCAAAGUCAACAAGCAACGGAUUGCUUUGACCGAUAACUCCAUUGUUGAACAGACACUUGGCAAACAUGGCAUCAUCUGUGUGGAGGAUCUUAUUCACGAGAUCAUGACUGUGGGGCCGCACUUUAAGGAGGCGAACAACUUUCUGUGGCCAUUCCAACUGAAGGCUCCUUUGGGUGGUCUGAAGAAGAAGAGAAAUCACUAUGUCGAAGGAGGAGAUGCUGGGAACCGUGAAGACUACAUCAACGAGCUCAUUAGAAGAAUGAACUAG